UCUGCUGGGGUCAGGAGGAUUGUGAACAAGACGAGCGGACCCUGCCCCAAACACCAGUAUAUGAGUGGAGUGUAGCAGGAAGAGAAAACAUCCCCAACUUUUUUUUCCUCUCGCCUCAAAGAGUCUACAUGUCUGGUGGCAUCUAGUCAUGUUCAGCUUUGUGGAUUUGCGGCUCGCGCUGCUGCUCGGUGCAGCGGUGCUUUUGGUCAGGGCGCAGGGCGAGGACGACCGUACGGGCGGAAGCUGCACCUUGGACGGCCAGGUGUUUGCUGAUCGGGAUGUGUGGAAGCCAGAGCCAUGCCAGAUCUGUGUGUGCGACAGCGGCACGGUGAUGUGCGAUGAAGUCAUCUGCCAGGACACAACUGACUGCCCCAACCCCGUCAUCCCCCACGACGAGUGCUGCCCCAUCUGCCCCGACGACGGCUAUCAAGAGCCCCAGGUUGAGGGACCCAAGGGAGACCGUGGAGCCAAGGGAGAUAGGGGUCCUGCUGGUCCCGCUGGUAACGAUGGUAUCCCCGGCCAGCCUGGUGUGCCUGGACCCCCCGGCCCUCCUGGACCUCCCGGCCUCGGUGGAAACUUCUCCCCUCAGAUGUCCGGUGGAUACGACGAUAAAUCACAAGCCAUGCCUGUGCCUGGACCAAUGGGCCCAUUGGGACCCCGUGGACCCCCUGGAGCUCCCGGCUCUAGCGGACCUCAGGGAUUCACUGGCCCCCCUGGUGAGUCUGGAGAGGCCGGACCUUCUGGUGCCAUGGGUCCCCGUGGCCCCGCCGGCCCCUCUGGAAAGAACGGAGAGGAUGGUGAGUCUGGCAAACCUGGUCGUGGUGGUGAGCGUGGACCUUCUGGCCCACAGGGAGCUCGUGGUUUCCCAGGAACCCCUGGACUGCCCGGCAUCAAGGGACACAGAGGAUUCAGCGGUCUGGAUGGUGCCAAGGGAGACAACGGCCCCUCUGGUCCCAAGGGAGAGACUGGAGCCCCCGGUGAGAACGGAACCCCCGGUGCUAUGGGACCUCGUGGUCUGCCCGGUGAGAGAGGUCGUACUGGUGCUAAUGGAGCUGCUGGAGCUCGUGGUAAUGAUGGUGCUGCUGGUGCUGGCGGACCUCCCGGUCCCACUGGCCCCGCUGGACCUCCUGGAUUCCCUGGUGGCCCUGGAGCCAAGGGUGACGCUGGAGCUCAGGGUGCUCGUGGAUCCGAAGGACCCGCUGGAUCCCGCGGUGAGCCCGGUAACCCCGGACCUGCUGGACCCGCCGGACCUUCUGGAAACCCCGGAACUGAUGGAGCCGCCGGAGCCAAGGGAAACGCUGGUGCUGCUGGAGUUGCCGGAGCUCCCGGUUUCCCCGGACCCCGUGGACCCUCAGGACCUCAGGGUGCUGCCGGUGCCCCCGGAGCCAAGGGUAACACUGGUGAGGCUGGUGCCCCCGGAUCCAAAGGAGAGGCUGGUGCCAAGGGAGAGGGUGGUGCCGCAGGAGUUCAAGGACCCCCAGGACCUUCCGGUGAGGAGGGCAAGAGAGGAGCCAGAGGAGAGCCUGGUACUGCUGGAGGCCGCGGAGCCCCCGGAGAGCGUGGUGCCCCUGGCGGUCGUGGUUUCCCUGGCUCUGAUGGCCCUGCUGGAGCCAAAGGCGCAUCUGGCGAGCGCGGUGCCCCCGGUGCCGUUGGACCUAAAGGUUCCACUGGCGAGGCUGGCCGCACUGGCGAGUCUGGUUUGCCCGGGGCUAAGGGUAUGACUGGUAGCCCUGGCAGCCCUGGACCCGAUGGCAAAAUGGGACCUGCUGGAGCCACUGGACAAGAUGGCCGCCCCGGACCCCCUGGCGCUGUUGGAGCUAGAGGCCAGCCCGGAGUCAUGGGAUUCCCCGGACCCAAGGGAGCUGCUGGUGAGGGUGGAAAGCCUGGCGAGAGAGGAGUAAUGGGACCCACUGGCGCCCUUGGUGCCCCUGGAAAGGACGGUGAUGUUGGUGCUCCAGGCGCCUCCGGACCUGCUGGUCCUUCUGGUGAGAGAGGAGAGCAGGGACCUGGAGGUUCUCCUGGAUUCCAGGGUCUUCCAGGACCCCAGGGUGCCAUUGGUGAGAGCGGCAAGUCCGGAGAGCAGGGUGUGAACGGUGAGGCUGGAGCCACAGGACCCGCUGGAAAUAGAGGCGAGAGAGGAUUCCCCGGUGAGCGUGGUGCCCCCGGUGCUGUUGGACCCGCUGGUGCCCGUGGAUCCCCCGGAUCCGCUGGAAACGAGGGUGCUAAGGGAGAUGCUGGAUCCCCCGGUGCCCCCGGAGCCCAGGGUCCUCCCGGACUGCAGGGAAUGCCCGGUGAGCGUGGUUCUGCUGGCCUUCCAGGACUGAGAGGAGACAGAGGUGACCAAGGAGGCAAGGGUGCUGAUGGAGCUCCUGGUAAGGAUGGCCCCCGUGGUCUGACUGGACCAAUUGGACUUCCUGGAUCUGCCGGAUCCACCGGAGACAAGGGAGAGCCUGGCGCCGCCGGACCUGUUGGACCUGGUGGAGCUCGCGGAGGCCCUGGUGAGCGUGGAGAGUCUGGACCACCCGGACCUGCUGGAUUCGCUGGACCUCCCGGUGGUGAUGGACAGCCUGGUGCUAAGGGAGAGGCUGGAGAUAAUGGUGCUAAGGGAGAUUCUGGUCCCCCCGGUGCUGCUGGACCCACUGGUGCCCCUGGACCUCAGGGUCCCGUUGGAAACACCGGCGCUAAGGGAGCCCGCGGAGCUGCUGGACCUCCUGGUGCUACUGGCUUCCCUGGUGCUGCUGGUAGAGUUGGACCCCCUGGCCCCUCUGGAAACGCUGGAGCUCCCGGACCCGGUGGACCAGCUGGAAAGGAAGGACCCAAAGGAAACCGUGGUGAGACUGGACCUGUUGGUCGCCCUGGUGAGAUGGGUGCAUCUGGACCCCCUGGAGGUCCUGGAGAGAAGGGUAGCCCUGGUGGCGAGGGGUCUUCCGGAAGUUCUGGUCUGCCUGGACCUCAGGGUAUUGCUGGAUCUCGUGGUAUUGUUGGUCUGCCUGGACAGAGAGGAGAGAGAGGUUUCCCUGGCAUGCCCGGACCUUCCGGAGAGUCUGGAAAGCCUGGACCUUCCGGCCCCGGUGGUGAGCGCGGACCUUCCGGACCCAUGGGACCCGUUGGACUGGCUGGAGCCCCUGGUGAGCCUGGACGUGAGGGAAGCCCCGGUAACGAGGGAUCAGUUGGUCGCGAUGGAGCUGCUGGACCCAAGGGAGACCGUGGAGAGAGCGGCCCAUCUGGAGCCCCUGGUGCCCCUGGACCCUCUGGUGCCCCCGGACCUGUUGGACCCGCUGGAAAGAACGGUGACCGUGGAGAGACUGGACCUGCUGGCCCCGCUGGCUCUGCUGGCCCAUCUGGACCUCGUGGCCCUGCUGGAGCUGCUGGACUUCGUGGAGACAAGGGAGAGUCUGGUGAGGCUGGAGAGAGAGGCAUGAAGGGACACAGAGGAUUCACUGGCAUGCAGGGACCUCCUGGACCAUCUGGAUCAUCUGGAGAACAGGGACCCGCUGGUACUGGUGGACCCGCUGGACCUAGAGGCCCCUCAGGAUCUUCUGGAUCUGCUGGUAAGGAUGGUAUGACUGGCCUGCCUGGACCCACUGGACCUCCUGGACCUCGUGGACGUUCUGGCGAGAUGGGACCUGCUGGUCCUCCCGGAGCUCCUGGACCUCCCGGAGCACCAGGUGCACCUGGUGGCGGAUUUGACCUCGGCUUCAUUUCCCAGCCUCAGGAGAAGGCCCCCGAUCCCUUCCGCAUGUUCCGUGCUGAUGAUGCUAACGUUCUCCGCGACCGCGACCUGGAGGUGGACGGCACCCUGAAGAGCCUGAGCCAGCAGAUCGAGCAGAUCCGCUGCCCCGACGGCACCCGCAAGAACCCCGCCAGAACCUGCCGCGACCUCAAGAUGUGCCACGCUGACUGGAAGAGCGGCGAGUACUGGAUUGACCCUGACCAGGGCUCCACUAUGGACGCCAUCAAGGUCUACUGCAACAUGGAGACCGCAGAGACUUGCGUAGCCCCAACUCAGCGCGAGGUCGCCAAGAAGAGCUGGUACACAAGCAAGAACAUCAAGGAGAAGAAGCACGUCUGGUUCGGAGAGGCUAUGACCGAUGGCUUCCAGUUCGAGUAUGGAAGCGAGGGCUCCAUGCCAGGAGAUGUCAACAUCCAGCUGACCUUCCUGCGCCUCAUGUCCACUGAGGCAACCCAGAACAUCACCUACCACUGCAAGAACAGCGUCGCCUACAUGGACGCCACCGUCGGCAACCUCAAGAAGGCCCUGCUCCUCCAGGGCUCCAACGAGAUCGAGAUCAGAGCCGAGGGCAACAGCCGCUUCACCUACAGCGUCCUGGAAGACGGAUGCACGUCACACACCGGUACAUGGGGCAAGACAGUCAUUGACUACAAGACAUCGAAAACAUCUCGCCUGCCCAUCAUUGAUAUCGCUCCUAUGGAUGUUGGUGCUCCAGACCAAGAGUUCGGCCUUGAAGUUGGACCCGUCUGUUUCUUGUAAAAAGAGAAAUCUGGACUUGAAAUUGUUGUUGUGUGUGUGUGUGAGUGUGUUUAUUUUUUUUUCUAGCAGUCAUCUCUCUCUAAAAAAAAGAACCCACCAAAACAUUUCUCUUAUGCCAUUUUUCUGAAAAAUCUGACCCAUCGCUCCUGAUUCUACGAAUUCCUAUUCGGCCAUUGUUCCGAUGGUCCACUUUGCCUAAAACCUGCACUUCAACAAGAUGGCGGCGAUGCGGCGGAGUCUGCAUCGUCGUGUUCGGGACCACUACUUUUUUUUUGUUUCUGACAUUUUUUUUGUUUUUUUUUACCAUCACCAACACCAAGGAUCCUAUAGAGAAGACAUUUUGUUUCACUGGCAACAAGAAAAUAAUAUAUGCUUCUGUAAAGUGUAAAAAAUUGACUUCCCCCCUCUUCAUCCAGCCAAACCAGGCCUCUCUGGAGUUUACAGAAACACACAGGUGACUUUUGUAUUUUUAUACACCACUGUGGUGAGAGGAAUGAAAGGACAGUCC